GUCACGUCCUCCCUUAGUAAACCAUAACAGUAUAAUCCGGCCAAUUGAUUAGGGACCUGACGGUACCUUAGCCCUGCCCCAGUGACUUUCGUUCAGCCCCCUGUGAAUUUUUUUUCUUUCUCCUCCUCUUCUCCCAUUCACUGUCUUUUUCUUUUUUUUUUGCUCCACACGGGAGGAUUUGUCUUGUCCCGUCAACAUGUCUUGGAAGGGGAUGUUCAGUAGCAAUAUUAGCAAAGAGGAAUUUUCUCGUCGCCUGGACACCCUCUUUCCACCCUUAGAGACUGUUCCUCAGUCUGCAGGAAGCGUCUGGCAUCCAAUUUUGGAGGGGGGGGAUAGUACUGGUGGCUGUGCUGGUGUGGCGGCGCAGUGGCACCCAGACAGGCUACCCCCUGCCAAACUAAUUCCACCUGUCUUCCGCUUUUCUCAGCCACAGCCACCAGUUCCCUGGCUAGCCUCCGAACUAGCACCAGUUCCCUGGCUAGCGACCGAGCUAGCUCCAGUCCCCAGACUAGCCUCUGAGCUGGCACCAGUCCCCAGGUUAGCGCCCGAACUAGCACCAGCCCCACAGCUAGCCUCCGAGCUAGCGUCUGUCCCCGAGCUAGCCCCUGAGUUAGCACCAGCCCCACAGUUAGCCCCCGAGCUAGCGACAGUCCCCGAGCUAGCCUCCGAGCUAGCGGCAGUACCCGAGCUAGCAGCAGUACCCGAGCUAGCGGUAGUCUCCGAGCUAGCCUCCGAGCUAACGGCAGUCCCUGAGCUAGCACCCGAACUAGUGCCAGCCCCAAGGCUGAACCCCUCGUUUCCACCAGCUCCCUGGCUGGCCCCUGUGUCUCCACCAGCUCCCAGGCUGGCCUCGACCUCUGCCCCUCGGCCUGUAGCGCCGACUUCAGUACAUCGGCCAGCUCCUCAGCUGCCCUCCUCGUCUUUGGCUUUGACGUCUGCUGCUUCCACGCCGCAGAUGACGUCCGCUGCCUGCACGCCGCCGUCUUCCUAUGCCUCUACGCUUCAGACAUCACCUCCUCGUUUCUGGCGAGACGCACCAUGGCGUCACUCGCGUCCGCCUCCACGACUUCCAAGAUGGUGCCCGUUACUUGGUUGCCCGCCUCGCCGGCGUCAGCUGCAUUCUACUCGCCGUCGCCACCAGACUCGUCCCCGGUGGAUUCGGGGACACUUGGGCUGGCGACCCACCACCAGUUCGCCCCUCCGCCCUCCCUUGACUUUUGUUCCUGUGCUCUUGGUGUUUCGACCUGUGGGACAUCUGGAAGCUGUCCAUAAGAAGGGGGGUACUGUUACGGUUCAGACCCCUGCCAGCGCCGCUCGUCCAUCUGUGCGCCACUCGGGGCACGCCCACGGGCGCACACAUCCAGGAACGAGCCGCGCGCGUCCCCGCCCUGCAGCAGCUGCCAGCUGCAAUCAGUCACCUGCAAACUUCACACCUGAUGGUAAUGACGGAGCUGCCUUUAUAGACCUGGACAACCUGCCAUCACUGGCCGGAUUAUAGCCAUCUGUACCUGACUCAUCCCGUGUUUCUCCUGGAUCCCCUGUUGUUCCCCUUGCCCCCCGGACUGCCUUUUGGAUUCUCGACCCCACGCUUGGACACGUUUUCCCACGGACUUCCGCGUUACUUCACUUCCGUCAACAUUUUGGUAAGACAUCCUUCAGCUAAUCUACACACAUAGCCUUACACCAUACACACUUGAGUUUUGAUCAGACUUCAUUUCCUUGGUUUAUUCAUUAGCAGUAAUAGUAUUAUUAUUAUUAUUAGUAGUACUACAGAUUUAUGUAUAUAUUUACUAUAUAUAAUAAAUCUUUGGAGAUACUGCCAC